AUUAGACAUUUCGUUCACAGUCCAUCUAAAGGAAAAAUUGGAACAGGUUUAUCUGGAUUUCAGUAAAAAACAUAAUGGCCUUGACAGGAUUGUCAGACGAAGAAGUGGCAAAGGCUUGUCAAGAACCAGAUGAAGCAACAAAGGACUUCUUUUUCCAACAAACCAUGAUCCGGGUGAAAGAUCCAAAGAGAUCACUAGAGUUUUACACAAAGGUUAUGGGAAUGAGGUUACUGAAGAAAUUUGAUUUCCCUUCCAUGUCUUUUUCUUUGUAUUUUGUUGGGUAUGAUAAACCUGAGAAUAUUCCCAAGGAUGAGACAGAGAAAACUCGCUAUUGCUUCCAACAAAAAGCCACACUGGAACUUACACAUAACUGGGGGACAGAAAAUGACCCAGAACAGUCCUAUCACAAUGGUAACAGUGACCCCAGAGGAUUUGGUCACCUUGGCAUUGUUGUUCCUGAUGUUGACAAGGCUUGUGAACGAUUUGAGUCCUUGGGAGUGGAAUUUGUGAAGAAACCUAAUGAUGGCAAGAUGAAAGGCCUGGCCUUCAUUAAGGACCCAGAUGGAUACUGGAUUGAGAUUUUAAAUCCAAACAACAUGGCUAUCAUAGUUUAAUAAACAUUGACUUAACCAUCACUACACAAUGCUUCCAGAUUCAGUCCACUUGGAACCUCUGUACCGUACUUAA